UGCAGCAUGCAUUAUAAAACUAUACGUCCUGAGAACAACACGCAUGCUACCAAACAAAGUUAACGAUCGUAAUAUAAACAUGUUCAGUGUCGUGUAAAAAUCAAUUAAAUAUAGCUUUAUUGUUUUAUUUGGAUUUAUAAAUUAUUAUCAAGUGAAAAUGUCCACUUCGGCGAUAUUGAUUCGUCAACUUGUCAUUCCUCGCCAAUCUCGCCGGCGGCUGUCGGGCAGCGGGCAGCGCGGCGCGGCAACGUCGCCCCAGCGUCGCGUCGCACCCGCGCCCGCGUCACAACCACGUCCCUUCGCGCACAUUCCCGGACCCCUCGCCCUGCCCAUGCUGCGACACUCUGCAUACGUACUGCCCAGGAUAGGUAACUUCCACCACUCGGUGGGGUUGGGCCUGCUGGAGGGCCUGCAGGCGCGCUACGGGGACCUGGUGAGACUGGCCAAGGGCUCGCGAAAGCGACCAGUGCUCUACGUCUUUGAUCCUGAGCUCAUGAAAGAGGUGUACGAGAGCAAGGUGACGCGGCCGCCGCAGUGGGAGCGCUCGCCGCUACAAGAACAACGCCGCCGCGCUCACAACCAGCACUCCUUGCACAGCGACGAGACGAAAGAUAUCUGGUCCGCCAUCGGCACGCUGCUGCAGGACGAAACUUUUCUCAACAACUAUGAUAAAGUAUUCGACGACAUCGCCGCUGAUUUCACGCGACGUAUGGGCGAGCUCCGACACCUGGAGAACGCAUUGAACGAAGAGAUAUCUACGGAGGUGUACCGCUGGUCGCUGGAGACGCUCGGCGUGGUGCUGCUCGGCAUCAGGCUCGGCUGUCUGGAUGGACCGGCUCAUGUCCCCACAGAACUAAACAGAGGCAAAGAGAAGACGUCUCUGGAGGACGACACUCCGGAGACCUGUUCGCUGUGGAAGCGAAGCGAGGAGGAGCUGAGCGCGGCUGAGCUGCUGGUGCGCUGCAGCCUGCAGGUGGCUGGGGGCGGACAUCUGCUGCGCUCUCAUCACACGCUCAGGAGGGAUUCGGACACCUUCACCAGUGCGCUGCGAGCCUUCGACAUGCAUUACAGUUUAACGGAGCAGUUCGUGUCGCGCGCGAUGCACGCGCUGAGGAGGAGCUCGGUGCGGGCGGAGCAGGCGCUGGUGCAGAGGCUGCACGUGCUGCAGGACCGUCUGCCGCCGCUCGCCUCCGACCUGCUGCUGGCCGGAGUCGAGCCGCUGGCGCAGACGGCGCUGAGCAUGUUCUACCAGGUGUCCCUGCAGGCGGCGCAGCAGCAGCGCGCGCACGACGAGGUGUCGUGGUGCGCGGCUGCGCGUGCUGCGGGCGCGCCGCACUCCUCGUGCACGCGCCUGCCCUACCUCCUCGCCUGCGUCACCGAGACCCUGCGCCUCUUCCCCGUCACCGGCGGAGUCGUCAGGCGCACCGCACAGGAUAUCACUCUAGCUGGAUAUCAAGUGCCCGCUGGGGUGGACAUAGUGCUGGCGCACGCAGUGAGCAGCAAGGAUGAGAAGCAGUGGGGGCGAGGGAAGUGCUUCAUCCCGGAGCGGUGGUGCAGCAGCAGCAGCAGCAGCAGCAGCAGCAGAGACUGGGAGCCGCUGCGUGCGAGCCGCGCGCACCCCGCCGCCUGCAGACCCUUCGGGGAGCGGUGUCCAGCUGGCGGGCUGGUCGGCACCGUGCUGGCCGCGCUCGCCACCAGGCUGCUGGACAAGUACCGCCUCGAGUGGCACGGACCAGCACCGACAGUAGCCAUCGCCGCCCUCAACAAGCUGCAGCCGCCCUACUACUUCGUGCUGCAAAACGCUUGCUGAGUCAACUUUUCUCUUCUACCAGAUGACUGAGUCCAGUAGAGAGUACACUCGCACCUUCUCAUUGUACACAAUCUUUUGUAAACUCAUCAAAUGAACAUUGGAACUCUGUUAUUAUAAAAUCAAAUACAUGAAGGCUGUGAAUUUAUUCGUAACUGACUGACUUCUUUCUGUCACUCGUUAGUUCAAACAUUCCAUAAGAAUGAGGGCCUUUAUUCUUCUAUUUCAAAUGUUUAUGUCGCUGACAAGAUUAAUUAAGCAAUGGCGAUGAUAUGAUUUAUAGUUAAUCAU